CGUCAUUGCUCGCAAAAGCUGUCCCCCACUCACCCCGCCAUGAUCGAAUUUCCAUCAAACAUUGAUCAAAGUUCGGAUACAAAACACUCAAUCACUCAAUACCAAGAAUCACUCACGAGCGAUCCAAUAUUGUGAAAACUCCUUAUUCAAAAUGGAUACGACCCCAGCUUCAGCUUCGGCUUCCACAGCAGCAAGCCCCGAUGGGCAAACAGGGCAGCCCACGGUAGUUGUCUGCAUGGGAAUGGCAGGAGCGGGCAAGACAACAUUCAUGCAACGGAUUGCUUCCCAUCAGUUUGGGAAGAAAGAGACUCCUUAUAUCAUCAAUCUCGACCCAGCUGUCACCUACUCUCCAUUCCAGAGCAAUAUCGACAUUCGCGAUUCUGUGAACUACAAGAAAGUAAUGGAGGAGUACAACCUGGGGCCCAACGGGGGCAUCAUGACGUCACUCAACCUCUUUGCGACCAAAGUCGAUCAAGUCCUCGGUCUUCUCGAGAAGAGGGCAGCCCCGGACCCGGAGGACCCGAGCCGCAAACCCAUGAAGCAUGUCCUCGUCGACACGCCAGGGCAGAUCGAAGCCUUCGUAUGGUCGGCAUCGGGGACCAUAUUUCUCGACUCCCUCGCAUCGUCGUUCCCGACGGUAAUCGCCUACGUCGUCGAUACGCCGCGUGCGAAUUCCACGUCGACAUUCAUGAGCAACAUGCUCUACGCGUGCAGCAUCCUCUACAAGACGAAGCUCCCGAUGAUCAUUGUGUUCAACAAAACCGACGUACAGGAUCCGUCGUUUGUCAAGGAGUGGAUGACCGACUUCGACGCGUUCCAGGCGGCCUUGGACAAGGAGCAAAGCAACAACGCUUUCGGUGGACAGGACGGCGUUGGAAGUGGAUACAUGGGUAGCCUCAUCAACAGCAUGAGCCUCAUGUUGGAAGAGUUCUACUCCCAUCUCAGCGUGGUCAACGUCAGUGCGCUCGAAGGCAGUGGAAUCGACGACUUCUUUGAGGCCGUGAAGGAGAAGGCGGAUGAGUUCAGGCGAGACUACCAGCCCGAGCUGGACCGGAGGCGGGAAGCGAGGGAAGCUGACAAGAAGAAACAGAGGGAGAAAGAGCUGGACAAGAUGAUGUCGGGAAUGUCGAUGGGCGGCACGGCUUCGAAAACUGCCGUGGGAGACAUCGAUGUGGAAGAGAACGACAUGGAACCGCUCAGCCCUGAUGAGGACAGCGAUGACGAACUUGAUGAUGAGCAGGAUCGAGAGGGGCUUCAGGCAAGGUAUGAGGCGUCCAUGUUGCAUCAGGAAGACUCUGUCAGUGCAGAUGCGAGCUUCGCCAAGUACCUCCACACCCAGCAAGGGUAACGGCGGUUGGGAUGGAAGGCUGUUUAUGUGUCUUUGGGAUAAAAGUUGUGGCGUUCAGGGCAUCAGCAUAGCGUUGUCGGUGUUUGGGUGAUACCAGCAUUAGGUAGCCGAG